AUGGAUUCAGAGGACUCGUUGAAUCCAUAUCGUUUCUCUGCUAGCUUCUACGAUCUCCUGCAAAGUCAACAUGAUACCUGCAACCACAUUGACUCUCCUAAUGAGAGUCAAUGUUCUGAUGUCCCACCUGCAGCUCCAUCACCUGUUGGUAACCGACGAGCAAGGCAUACUUGGUUACCAGCAGAUGAUGUGAUGCUUGUGUCUGCUUGGCUAAACACAAGCAAGGACCCGAUAACAUCAAACGAGCAGAGACUUGGAGCCUUUUGGGGAAGGAUUGCGACCUACGUAUCUAAAUGUCUGAAUGUUGUAGGUCGACCAUUUAAAGAUUCAAGUCAUUGUAAGCAGCGGUGGGGUAAGAUCAACGACAAUGUUUGCAAGUUCGUUGGAUGCUAUGAAGCUGCGACAAGGGAGAAAUCUAGUGGGCAGAAUGAAGAUGACGUUAUGAAGCUAGCACACCAGAUCUUCUUCAAUGAUCACAAUGUCAAAUUCACCUUGGAGCAUGCAUGGCGAUCAGAAGUGGUGUGCUUCCACAUCUCCUAA